GCAUCCAGAAAACCUCAUCUUCUCUGUGGGCGCACUGCAGGACUGAAGCGGAGUUCAGCAGAGCAAACCACGAACAUGGUGGCGUCGCUGAGACUUCCGUCCCUCACCUACUUAUUCACCUCGCCCUCUGCCACCCUCGGCCGCUGCUCCAAGGCGGUGUUCCGGCGGGGCCACCACCCGCGCCCUCCGCUGGCCGCUGGCUUCUCCGCUCAGAGCGCGGCCGCUGUCCCUCCGGCGACCGAGGAGCGAGCCAGCAAACAAAAGUCGCGGGGCGAGGAUCGAGCCGUCACGCCGAGGUCGCUGGAUUUCAACGCUUGGUACCUCGACGUGAUUGAGCACGCGGAGCUCGCUGAUUAUGGUCCUGUGCGAGGGACGAUGGUCAUAAGGCCGUAUGGUUACGCGAUUUGGGAAGCUAUUCAGGAUUUUUUGAACGUCAAGUUCAAGGAGACUGGUCACAGUAACAUGUACUUUCCACAGCUCAUUCCAUACUCAUUUAUUGAGAAAGAAGCUAGUCAUGUUGAGGGUUUCAGUCCAGAAUUAGCAGUCGUAACCAUUGGCGGAGGAAAGGAACUUGAAGAAAAACUCGUGGUUCGUCCUACUAGUGAAACCAUUGUGAAUCACAUGUUUACUCAAUGGAUUCAUAGUCAUCGUGAUCUUCCUCUCAUGAUAAACCAGUGGGCAAAUGUCACAAGAUGGGAGAUGAGAACUAAGCCAUUUAUUAGGACUCUUGAGUUUCUAUGGCAGGAGGGUCAUACUGCUCAUGCAACUCCUGAAGAGGCUGAAAAGGAGGCUUUACAGAUGAUUGAUGUCUAUACAAAAUUCGCUUAUGAGCAAGCUGCAAUACCUGUUAUUGCAGGUCGGAAAUCAAAAGUUGAAAGAUUUGCUGGUGCUGAUAGGACGUAUACAAUAGAGGCAAUGAUGGGGGACCGCAAGGCUCUGCAGGCUGGCACGAGUCACAAUCUUGGACAGAACUUCUCUCGAGCAUUCGGAACACAGUUCACUGAUGAAAUUGGCAAUAGGCAGCACGUGUGGCAGACUUCGUGGGCUAUCAGCACUCGCUUUGUUGGGGGUAUAAUCAUGACUCAUGGAGAUGACACUGGCCUAAUGCUUCCUCCAAGACUGGCACCAAUACAGGUGAUAGUCAUACCAAUAUAUAAGAAAGCUGAUGAAAAAUCCGGAGUUUUAAGUGCUGCUUCAUCUGUAAAAGAAGCUUUACAAUCGGCUGGGGUCAAAGUUAAACUCGAUGACUCAGACCAGAGAACACCGGGAUGGAAAUUCAACUUCUGGGAGAUGAAGGGAGUUCCUUUAAGGAUUGAAAUCGGUCCUCGCGAUGUUUCAAGUGGGAGUGUGGUUGUUUCCAGGAGAGAUAUACCUGGAAAGGAAGGAAAAGUGUUUGGGAUUUCCAUGGAACCGGCUGUUUUAGAAGCUUAUGUCAAAGAUAAGUUGGAUGAGAUCCAAUCUUCUCUUCUCCAGAGGGCGAAAUUAUUCAGAGACAGGAACAUUGUGGACGUGAGCUCCUACGACGAAUUGAAACAAGCAAUUUCCCAGGGCAAAUGGGCAAGAGGCCCUUGGUCAGCAAGUGACCAGGAGGAGUUGAGAGUUAAAGAAGAAACUGGGGCUACAAUCAGGUGUUUUCCUUUUGACCAGCCAGAAGACAUCAAGACAUGCUUGAUGACAGGAAACCCAGCCAGUGAAGUUGCUGUAUUUGCAAAGUCAUACUGAAGAU